GCGGCGGGCCCCAGUGUCGAGGCGGGCCCCAGGGCGGCGGAGGCGGGCCCCAGGGCGGAGGCGGCGGGCCCCAGGGCGGAGGCGGCGGGCCCCAGGGCGGAGGCGGCGGGCCCCAGGGCUGCGAUGGCUAGCUGUAGGUCGUGUGGGGGCUCCGGUCCACUGGAGAGUUUCCUCCAGGGCAAAUACUGCAGCUCCAUUUGUGUCCAGCCCUCCAGUGGCAGGUCAUCUCCCAGAGAGCAGAGGGAGAGAGAGGGGUGGGAGGGGGGACUGGGGAAACGAGUGAGGAAGAAGAGGAAGAUCUACAUGGACUCUGGUGAUGAAGAGGAAGAUAACCAGGAGGAGGAAGAGGACAAGGCCAAGGCUGUCAAAGGGAGGAGAGCUGCUAAGCUGGCCAAGCUAGCCCCACCCAAUAAGAAGCGACCCUGGAGCUGGCCCUCCUACAUGGAGGAGGAGAAGGCUAUAGCUGCCCCCCUUAAACUGUUCAAGGAGCACCAGUCGUUCCCUCAGAGCAGGAAUGCCUUCAAAGUGGGGAUGAAGUUAGAAGGACUGGACCCCUGUCACCCCUCUCUGUUCUGUGUGCUCAGUGUUGCUGAGGUCCAGGGUUAUAGGAUAAGGCUUCAUUUCGACGGGUAUCCAGAGUGCUAUGACUUCUGGGUAAAUGCUGACACCUGGGAUGUGAAGCCGGCGGGCUGGUGUGAGAAGAUGGGACACAAGCUGCUACUGCCUAAAGGUUGUAAGGAUGGGGAGUUCAACUGGAACAUGUAUGUGAAGAACUGCAGAGGUCAGCUGGCCCCCAAACACCUCUUCAAGAGCCUCAACACGUCGGUGACUCCGUCGGGGUUCCGUGCGGGUAUGAAGCUGGAGGCGGUGGAUAAGAAGAACCCAUAUCUGAUCUGCGUAGCGUCCAUCGCGGCUGCUGUUGACAACAGACUCCUCAUACACUUUGACAACUGGGACGACACCUAUGACUACUGGUGUGAUGCCAGCAGUCCCUACAUCCACCCUGUAGGUUACUGUGAGGAGGCUGAGCUGACCCUCACCACCCCUGCUGAGUAUAAGCACCCGAGGAGUUUUUCCUGGGAUAAAUACAUGGAGGAGACUGGGACACAGGCAGCCCCUGCACGUGCCUUCAAACUGCGUCCGUGCCAUGGGUUCCAGGCUGGAAUGAAGCUGGAAGCCGUCGAUAAGAGGAACCCCAUGCUCAUCCGCGUAGCAACCAUCGCCGAGGUGGAGGACCACCGACUGAGGAUCCAUUUUGAUGGCUGGAGUGAGGAGUAUGACUACUGGGUGGAUGCUGACUGCCCAGACCUGCACCCUGUGGGCUGGUGUCAGAAGACUAGUCAUCCCCUACAACACCCCUCCAAUGGCUCCACUGAUAUGCUGGUCCUCCCAGGGCAGGGCUGUCCUACCCCAGGAUGCAAUGGGGUUGGUCACAUCCGAGGACCCCGCUACGGAACCCACUACACGGGGGUGAGCUGUCCGUACUCGGAGAUGAACCUGAACAGGGAGGGCCAGGUACCAGACCGUCUGAGUGGAGAACGACCUAUGACCCUGAGUGGGCCUCAUCACCGUGGGCGACGCCCAGACCCUCCUUCACAUACCCAGACAAACAGCCCCACCACACCAGAGCAGCCCGAGCCUGCAGACGACUCCCCUCAGACCAGUGUAACUAGGGGGCCGACGGUUGACGAGGGCGAACGAUUCAGGUGCAGCAGUCAGAGUGAGCCACCAGGGGGCUCCACUGAGCCCAUCAACGAAGGAGCCAAGGCCAAGAGGUCUGCUCCAGUCCCAAAGUAUCUGAAGCUGCACGUCGUCAAGCAGGAGUGUGGAGAUGGGAAAGACUCCCUGUCUCUCCAGCAGGCGCUCCAUGAGUCAGUGUUCUCCCCGGGUGGCUCCUCCUCUCCCCCUCACAGGGUGGCUCUGUGCUGGGACAAACACUGCCAGCUGCUCCCUGAGGUCCUGGGCCUCACAGCUAAGAGAGUUGCAACCUGGACUGCUGACGAGGUGGCCAGUUUUGUCAAAGGGCUCCCAGGCUGCAAAGAGCAUGCUGCCACCUUCAGGACAGAGCAAAUGGAUGGAGAGGCCUUCCUGCUUCUCACCCAAGCAGACAUAGUCAAGAUCCUGUCAAUCAAACUAGGCCCCGCCCUCAAGAUAUACAACGCCAUACUCAUGCUGAAGAACGCUGAUGAGGAGUGAGACGCCCCCUCACGCUUCAUUUCCUCCCACACCGGACCGCUGUAUCAGAAUAGUCUAGAGAAGUUUCAUCUCCUUUCUUUUCCUCCUCACCUUAUCCUCUUUGGUCUUCAUCUGCACUGAUCUGAGCCUGUAGGAUAGGUCAGGGCAACGUAAUGGAUGGCCACCAGGAAUCUGCUUUCAGCUAUCCUGUUCUUCCACAUCGGUGUAGAGGAGUAGAGAGGAUACAGAGAGGAUGUACCUGGUGUCAGUGUAGAGGAGUAGAGAGGAUACAGAGAGGAUGUACCUGGUGUCAGUGUAGAGGAGUAGAGAGGAUACAGAGAGGAUGUACCUGGUGUCAGUGUAGAGGAGUAGA